AACCAUCUGGCCGUCUGUGAAUAAAUGCGAGGACCUCAACAAUGAGUCGACUUUCUUAUGGUGUUUGAAGGGUGGAUGCUUCUGUGAACGCCUAGCUGCUUCUCAUCAAACUUUGGGACUUAUGGAGGCCUCUCCAACCUCAGACAACAUCAGCAACACCUCAGCUGUGUUGGGCCAGAGAACAUGGGUGGAUUCCAACGUGUGCCCUCCCUCUGUGAGUGGCACAACCCUUCUGAUCGUGGCCUACAGCACUGUUAUAGCGGUGGGCUUGGUGGGCAACACUUGUCUGGUAUUCAUCAUAUCCAGACAAAAAGAGAUGAGAAACGUCACCAACAUCCUCAUCGCCAACCUCUCCUGCUCCGACAUCCUCAUGUGCGUGGUGUGCCUCCCCGUGACGGUCAUCUACACGCUCAUGGACCGCUGGAUCUUGGGUGAGACGCUGUGCAAGGUCACGCCGUUUGUGCAGUGCAUGUCCGUCACAGUCUCCAUCUUCUCGUUGGUCCUCAUCGCGUUGGAGCGGCAUCAACUCAUCAUCCACCCCACCGGCUGGACGCCCGCCGCAGGCCAUUCGUACCUGGCCGUAGCCGUCACCUGGAUGGUGGCCUGCUUCAUUUCCCUACCCUUCCUGUCCUUUAAUAUCCUAACUAACGUCCCGUUCCAGAACCUCAGCCUGCCGUUCAACCCAUUCAGCGACCACGUCAUUUGCAUGGAGCUCUGGCCGUCCGAACGCAACCGUUUGGCGUACACCACCUCGCUUCUGCUCUUUCAGUACUGCCUGCCCCUGCUUCUCAUCUUAGUCUGUUACUUGCGCAUAUUCCUGCGUCUGCGCAGACGGAAGGAGAUGGUGGAGCAGGCCACCGAGGCCCGGCAGAGAAAAGCACGGGGUGCUCAACGCAUCAAUGCAAUGUUGGUCCUAAUCGUGGUCGCUUUUGCUCUCUGCUGGCUCCCGCUCAAUGUUUUCAACACCAUCUUCGACUGGUACCACCAGGUGCUUCCUUCUUGCCAGCAUGACGUCAUCUUCUCCGCCUGCCACCUGAUGGCCAUGGCGUCCACCUGUGUGAACCCGGUGGUGUACGGCUUCCUCAACACCAACUUCCAGAAGGAGCUGAAGGCGACGCUCCAGCGCUGCCAUUGCGGCUGGGGCGUUCCAGAGACCUACGAGAGCUUCCCGCUUUCAACGGUGGCCACCGAUGUCACCAAGGUUUCGUCCAUGCAGCAGGGCUCUCUGGGCAGAUCGGAACAGUGCGCUCACUGCUAAAGAGACUGCAGGAACAGAGAAGAGAACAAGGGGAGGGGUUGAGAAUGAGCUGGCACUGUUUCCAUGGAGACGUGGAAUUGCUAUGUGGGUUUCUGCAUCAGUUCAGUUCCCAAGAGAUCUAAAAACAACCUCUACCAACUGUUGCCGGGGUCCAGGUCUGCGUGUUCCACUACGAGGAACACAACGUGAUGUUAUGUUAAAGACAGCUACGGUAGUCAGGGCGUCAUUCCUUUCCCCAAGAACAACUUGUACGGGAUGAAUGUUCCAUCAAGAAUGUGAUUAUUCCUCUGAUGACGCUUUUAAGCUGUUGUGUUAUGAGAGGAUCAUUUAUGAGACUGGAUUGCGCAGCAGACAAAAUUAAAUUACUUUUCAUGUUCGAUUCUUUUAGUUCUUUGUUAAAAUCACUGUAGCAGUGAGUUGGUGCCCUCACCAAAGUAUUUAUUCUGUUCAUGUCCGGUUUUGUUGUUGUUUAAUGAAUUGGAUCUAUUACUAUUUAUUGUGUUGCUUUGGUGAGAUCGCUUACGCUGCAUUUGAAAUUUGAAUUGUGCCUCUGUAACGUUGGGAAACACAUUAAACGUUUGAGCAUCGGUGUUACCACACCCAUCUUCUGCUACAAUAGAUUCAUGACUGUGCCAAUGCCAGUUUGGUAUUGCACGUUUUCUUGAUGAUCGAAGUCAAAGCAAAGUUAAGUUUCUACAAAAGUGUUUGAUGUUGACGUUCUUGUUGCCUUAUGAAUAGUAGUUAUGAAAGUGCAAAUAAAUUAGGAAACAUGACAUCCA